UCGACACUCAGAAGCUAUGGGCACAACCUCUAGUGCUCUUGUAAUGUUAUUUGCUCUUUUUUUCAUUGUAAGACUUGAGUUCAUUUGUAAUAGUACAAAUUCAAAUGUGAGUUGCAUAGCGAGUGAGCGAGAAGCUCUUAUGAAAAUCAAAGGAAAUCUCACAGAUGAAGCAAACCGUUUAUCUUCAUGGGUUGGAAAGGACUGUUGCACGUGGAAGGGAGUUGGUUGUAGCAAUAAAACAGGCCAUGUUGUGAAGCUUGAUCUGCAAAAUCCAAAUUUCAAAAUGAACAAAUUGCGUGGUCAGAUAAGUCCUUCCUUACUCGAUUUGAAUCAUUUGCAUUACCUAGACUUGAGCUGGAACGAUAUACAAAUUUCUAAUUCCUUAGGAUCUUUGAAAAGCUUGAGAUACCUUGACCUCUCUUGCUCAUUUUUGACUGCAACGAUUCCUCAUCAUCUGGGAAAUCUUUCAAGGUUGCAGUAUCUCAACCUUAGCAAUAAUGAUUUACGUGGUCCAAUUCCUGAUACACUUGGAAGGUUGACCUCUCUCACAGUCCUUGACCUUUCAAGAAACAACUUCAAUGAUUCAAUGUUGUAUUCUGUGUGUAACCUGAGCAGUCUUGUCCAUAUAGAUCUUAGCGAUACUAGACAUACAGGUGCAAUCCCCCAUUGCCUUGGGAAUCUUGCUUCUCUUUCCAUCCUCAGGUUGAAUUCAAAUUAUCUUCAAGGCCCAAUUCCAAGUGAGAUGGGACAUCUGACACAACUUACAGAGCUUGACCUCUCUUACAAUGCGUUUGAAGGUAAAAUACCAAACUCCAUGAGGAACCUCUGCAACUUGCGUGUAUUGGAUUUGUCCAAUAACAAAUUCACUGGAAAGCUUUCAACUUCUGUUGGAAGUCCAUUUGGUUGCAUCCAUAAUAGUUUGGAAGAUUUGUCUCUUUUUUCAAAUAAGUUGAGUGGUGGUCUGCCAAACCAUUUGGGAGAGUUUAAGAAUCUAGUGAGGCUUAUUAUUGGAUGGAAUUCAUUUUAUGGUCCGCUGCCAUCAUCACUCGGAAGACUAUCAUAUUUGAGAGUGUUAGAUACUGGAGACAAUCAAUUGAAUGGGAGCAUUCCAGUUAGUCUUGGACAACUUUCAAAACUAGAAUAUCUAGAUUUGUCACACAAUUCAUUUGUUGGCACCGUAUUUGAACUUCACUUCGCCAAACUCAAUAGUUUAUAUGAAUUGUACUUGCAUUCAAAUUCAUUAGUUUUAAAUGUGACCUCCCAAUGGGUUCCUCCCUUUCAACUCCAAGUCAUACAAUUGGCAUCCAUCAAAGUAGGACCCCAAUUUCCUCAAUGGCUGAAAACACAAAAAAAUGUUACAGAGUUAGACAUGUCUAAUGCAAGCAUCUCAGUUCUCAUCCCAGACUGGUUUGAGAGUAUUUAUUGUAGCAUUAUACACUUGAAUCUUUCCAACAACCAGAUCAAAGGAAAGGUGCCAAUAUUUCAAAAAUGUAAAUAUAGAUAUAGUGCUUAUGAUAAAUGGUUACUAUUGAGUUCUAACAGAUUUGAGGGCCCAUUAACACCGCUUCCUUCACAUGUUUAUUUCUUAGAUCUAUCCAACAACUCUCUUUCAGGACCUAUUACUGUGAGUGAUGAUACUGCGAUGAUGAGCCUCACAUUUCUUGUUCUCUCAAAUAACCAUUUGACUGGUGUCAUUCCAGUGUCUUUGUGCAGUGCAAAGCAAAUAAGUCUUAUUGAUUUCUCAAACAAUCAGUUAUCAGGAAAAAUUCCUCCUUGCUUGGGGCAGUUGGAUCAGUUGUCGGUGCUAGAUUUGACGAAUAAUAGUCUAUAUGGUGAAAUUCCAAGUUCAUUGGGUUCCCUACAAUUUCUUAAUUCCUUGCACUUGCGUAACAAUAAGUUUUAUGGGAAGCUUCCUUUGUCCUUACACAAUUUGACAGAUCUGUUCACCAUUGAUCUAGGUGAAAAUGUGUUCACUGAUAAUAUCCCUCCAUGGAUUGGAUAUAACCUAACUAAUCUUCAAUUUCUCAAUCUUCAAUCAAAUCAUUUCUAUGGUGAUAUUCCUCCACAGCUCUGUCAUCUCCAAAAUUUGCAAUUGUUGAACUUGGCACAAAAUAACAUAUCGGGAAAUAUCCCUCGUUGUUUUGGCAACUUCACUGCCAUGGUUGCACUAGAUUCUGAGUACAUUUUCAAUCCAACUGACAAUUAUUUUGUUGGAGGAACUUAUUAUGGAGAGAACAUUUUGGAUUCAAUGAAAGGAAGAGAACUGGAAUACACCAAGACACUCAAAUUUCUCAUCUCCAUGGACCUUUCGAACAAUGGCAUUGUUGGAGAGAUUCCAGAAGAGUUAAUGGAUCUUUCUGGGUUGCUUAACUUGAAUUUAUCUGGAAAUCAUCUAAAAGGAAGGAUCCCUAAUAAUAUUGGCAAUUUGACACAAUUGGAAUCUCUUGAUUUGUCUCAAAACAAACUUUCUGGCCCCAUUCCUCCAAGUCUGUCUAGUUUAAGCUACCUAGGUCAUUUGAACAUGUCAUUCAAUAAUUUAUCAGGGCGAAUACCAACGGGAAAUCAACUUCAAACUCUCGACGAUCCUUCCAUUUAUAUAGGCAACGAUGAUGGCCUUUGUGGUGCACCACUAAACAGCUGCCUCGAUGAUAAAUCAUCUGAUGGUGAUCACAAACAUGUUGAUGAGAGUAAAGUCGCAGAUGAAACUGAUUUUUUGUGGUUCUACACUGGCAUUGGACCUGGUUUCUUGGUUGGGUUCUUGGGGGUCUGUGGCACUCUGAAUUUCAAGGAGUCUUGGAGGCAUGCAUACUUCCAGUUCAUCGAAAACAACUACAAUUGGAUAUCAGUAACCAUAGCAAUCAAGUUUGCUCAGCUAAGGAGGAAAUUCAACAAAGGAAAAUUUGGAAGAUGAAUUUAUCUCCCAAUUGGGUCUUAUAUUCAGCUGGAGAAAGGACCCUCAGAGGAAGCAGCAUUGAGAUCAUGUUAUGAAUUUUCUUGAGUUGUUGGAAAGAAAUAAGUUUGAAUAAUUCUAUAGUUCUAGUAUAUAUGUUGAUGGGGUUUGAUGAUUUUGUGUCUUUUGUAAAAUAUUCUAAAGUAAGUCUUUCCUUGGAUAAAUGAUUUGUGAACUAUCAUAUUGUCCAGAAUAUGUUAUAUAGACUGUGUUUUGCAUAUAUAUGUAUUCUCCUUUUAUUGGUGAAUUCUAUGAUUUUUGCCAAUUGAGGCCAUGGAUUCUAGUUUUA